GUUGUUUGCAGUAUGCCCGAGCCCGCCAAGUCGGCUCCGGCCCCGAAGAAGGGCUCCAAGAAGGCGGUGACCAAGGCGCAGAAGAAGGACGGCAAGAAGCGCAAGCGCAGCCGCAAGGAGAGCUACUCGGUGUACGUGUACAAGGUGCUGAAGCAGGUGCACCCCGACACCGGCAUCUCGUCCAAGGCCAUGGGCAUCAUGAACUCGUUCGUCAACGACAUCUUCGAGCGCAUCGCGGGCGAGGCGUCCCGCCUGGCGCAUUACAACAAGCGCUCGACCAUCACGUCCCGGGAGAUCCAGACGGCCGUGCGCCUGCUGCUGCCCGGGGAGCUGGCCAAGCACGCCGUGUCCGAGGGCACCAAGGCCGUCACCAAGUACACCAGCUCCAAGUGAGCCCGCCGGCCGCUGACCGCAACCCAAAGGCUCUUUUCAGAGCCAUCCACCA